AUGAGCUCGGACUGCGAAAGUUAUUACAGCAAAGAAAACGUGCUCGUGGAGGGCUUCACGUGUCCCAAAGCGGACAGUGACACCACGGCACUUUUCUGCUGCGGGUUCAGUGACUUGAAGUACUGUUGUGAUGACCCCAACAGUUUUUUCCCAUACGAGUAUGGAUACAUGUGGUGGUUAAGUCUCGGAGCUCUAACAGGUCUCUCUGUAGCAGCAGUGGUUCUCCUUGCGUUCAUCAUCACUCUCUGUGUCCUCUGCUAUCUGUUCAUCACCACCAAACCCAGAGGUCUGGACAAUGGACUGCCACUCCGAGAACCAGACUCUAGAUCAAGUCCACAAGGACCAGGACCAAGUCAGAUCAGCGUCCCUGCUGGCCCUCAAGGCCUCAGGAAACACUUCCUGAGAGGCAAGCUGGACUGUGACAACCAGCCACCAGACCCUGACCGCCUUUUCCAGCGCUGUUUCAUGGCUACUGUCACGUCUAUCAAUGUUGAAGGUCCUACAUAG